AUGACCAUUAAAAUCUAUAAAGGAUAUAGAGAAGUCCCAGUGGAAGGUACACCAGAAGAAUAUAUUCAACUAUACACGCGCUGUUGGGAUAUGAAUCCGGAGAAACGUCCGGUAAUCCAAGAGGUCUUUGAUACCCUCAGUGGGAUGAUGUCUGAAGGGACAGAUCUAGAUUUAGUUGAUGACGUGUCUGACGCCGAAAGUUCAAGCCCUAAUUUAACCGCUGAUUUUGACUCUCCUUCAUUAAGUCCUACAGAAGACAGUUUUUCGAGUGAAGGAGUUAAAACUCCUGAUGAAGAUUACUCAUUCGGCGAUACAAUCAAUUCCUCAGUAUUAAUUCAAUUAGAUCAUUUUGCCGUGGUCUCUAAUUGGAUUGUUAAAAAUCCCCUACUAAUUCGUGGAAGUCGAGAUGGUUUUACACCAGAAGUUUUCCACCAAAAAUGUGAUAACAAAGGUCCCACUUUAACGGUUUUAAAAGUAAAAGAGUCGGGUGAAAUUCUAGGAGGUUUUAAUCCGUUUAGCUGGGAAUCGCCGCCGGAGUCAAAUUAUUACUACACGAAAAAGAGUUUUAUUUUCAGAAUAGACCUUCACAAUGCGAAAAAUUCAAUAAUUAUAUGGUAG